AUGAGUUCUUCGGGUGAAAAACACGGCACCAAACGUCCGGCAUCCUCAACUGAAGAGGAGUCGACCCAGUGGGCUUCCGCUGACCUGGGAAGUGACGAGAGGAAACAGAAGUUUCUACGGCUGAUGGGCGCCUCUAAGAAAGAACACACGGGACGUCUUGUCAUUGGAGACCACAAGUCGACGUCACACUUUCGCAGUGGGACGGAGGAUGAGAAAAUCAGCGAGCGUCUGGAGAUGCAGUACCAGCGCGGCAUGGACGGUAAGCUGUCAGGACGGGACCGGAGACACUGCGGCCUUGGCUUCAGUGAGUCCGAGCCUCCUGAUGUGCCUCAAGAGAAAGCUCAGAAGCCGGACACGCCCAAGUCAGAGACUCCACACAGCGAGUCCAAAAGCCCCGAGGACAAAGUCGGUGACACUAAGUCGGCAGAGACCGCGACAGAAAAGGACAAAAGCGUCGCUGAGAAAAGCGAAAUUGCUGAACGGAAAAACAUGUACAAAAUGUCUUUUGUCAAGUCAUCAUAG